AUGGCAGAUAUAGACAUUGAAGAGCAUGAUCUGUUAGAAAAUCCAGCGAUUAAAAGAAUUUUUCCAGAUCUUUCAAUACUCAAAAAAGAGAUUAUUGACUUUACGAAAGAGUCAAAUGAUGGUACAAUAAAUUCAGAAGAAGUUGAUUUGAAUACAUUGACCGCUUCAAAUACUAAUUCCUCCUGUGGUAAUAAGAAAACUCUUAAUGGUCAUAUUAAGAAGGAAAAGAAUAUCAAAAACGCAAUAGUUAUUUUAGACAACAUAAGUCCUUCUCUUAAAAGAAGUAAGAAAUUUUGCCAAAUGUGUUUAAUUCUUUUCCCAGAUAAGUGUUCUCUUGACGCUCACAACAAUUUAUUACAUUACAAAACAAACAUUUUUAAAGAUAAUUUAAACAAUGAUGCUGUAACAAACAGUGACUCUAAUUCAACAAAUAAGAACAUAAAUUCUAGUAGUGUUAUUAGAGAUAUAAAUGUUAUGUUUGAUAUAAAUAUAAGAAAAAGAACAGUUGCGAACGUUUCUAAGUCAUGUGUACAUUGUGACGUGUCGUUUCCCAAUGAAAAACUGUUAAUAGAUCAUUUGUAUGAUGUACUUAAUGCUAAGAAAAGAUUACAAGAUACUGAAAGGCUAAAAAAACCUUAUACAAAUGCCAAGAAUAAGCACUCUAAGACAAAUGUGAUGCUUAAGAAAAAAUUUCAUUGUUGCGUAAUUUGUUCCUACUAUUUUGAUAGCAGAAUUAUUUAUAAGCAGCACUUAUCAGAAAAACAUAAUUUAAAUAAAAUUACUACAAAAAUACCAAACCGCACUGUACAGUUUUGGCCAAUUUGUAAAUUCUGCAACAUUAGGUGUUCCAAUAAGGUAUCAUAUAAUUCUCAUUUACACUUAAGUCAUAAAGAGGAAAUUUAUAAAAAACAAAAUAUAGAAGAAUACCUUUCAAAUGUCACAUCCAGUGUGGAAAAAUAUUCUAAAAGCAAAGUUAAAGAUGAUAUAAUUAAUUCUAAGAAGGAUCAAAUGGAAACAUACAAUAAUUCAAAAGUAAAAAACUCAAGACUAAAAAAUAACUUUAUUAACAAGUUCAAAACAACACUUUUCAAAUGCAUGAAAUGCAAAAUAUUUUUUUUAACUUUAAAAGCUGCUUUGAAUCAUAAUGAACAUUCUCACAUUAUAAUUAAUUGGAAAUGUUCAAGAUGUCAGAGAAUUUUUAAAAAAAGAGAUUCAAAAGAACAUGAGGAACAACAUAAUUUACCUGAUAAUGAUUUCAUGGAAUCAGUAGUUUUUGAUAAAGGUUAUAAUGAUUUGUGUCAAUGCCAAAAAUGUACGGUGUACUUUAAAAAAGAAGAUAUUUUUAAUCAUCAAAUUGUUUGUGAUUCAAAAACAUCCAUUUCAUCUUACUGCGAGAUUUGUGAUAUUUUGAUUGAACAAGAUAUUUAUAUUUCUCAUAAAAACAGUCAUGAAUCUGAUAGUAUUACAAAUUCUGAAUCAAACCAUAGUGAUGAUAAUAUUGUAAAGGAGAAUGUAGAUACGAAAAGAAAAAAACGAACAAUUUCCAGAGUUUUGAAGAAGAAAGAAAAGGGAAAUUAUAUUAGGACUUUCUAUUUUUGCAAUUUAUGUGAAUGUAAUAUACCUCAAGGGCGUAUGGGUGAUCACCUAAAAUUAAACUGUACGAAAUUAAUCAAAUGUAUUUGCGAAUAUUGCGGCCUGGCUUUUAUGAAUGUAUCUAUUAUUGGACAUAGAAGUAUACACAAAAAAUAUACUGACGUGAAAUUACAAGAUUUUGCUUUUUAUGAUUUUCAAACAAAACAAAAACUUAAACCUCGUCAAAAACUUCCUAAAUGUAUUACCUGUGAAAAGCAUUUUAUUCAUCAUUCGGAAGUUAUAAAUCAUCUAUGUAAGGAAGGAAAUAACUUAGUAUGCUCCAUUUGUAAUAUAAAACUAUCUGCAUUAGCGUUUAAAUUACAUGUACCAUUUCAUAGUUAUAAGUUGAAAAGUAAUGUAAAUCACUUUCCGCGAUCAAUUAAAAAUAGGAAAGAUAAAAAUAUGGGUGACCACGACCAGUCUGUCAAGACUGUAACAACUAAGAAGAAGAAAAAUAUGGAUUGUAAUAUUGAAAACAAUACAGUUGUUGAUUGUAAUAUAGCAGAAAGUGACCAAAAUAUGGGCACAGCUUCGCACAAUGGUGAAAUUACGCAUUCAGAUGAAAAAGUCUCAGGAAUAUAUACUUGUAUAAAUUGUGACGUAUCAAUGAAUGCAUACGAUGAAGCAAUAGGACAUUGUCAUAAGCAUAGCAAUCUUAACAAUUUACAUUUGGCUUCGAUUGAAUGCGUAACAUGCAAUUUAAAAUUUGUUGUUGCAAGUUAUGAUGCUCAUCUAGAUCUCCAUGUUUCCUUUAGUAAAGAUCAAUUUAAACAAUUUACUUUUGAUAUUCUUUAUUUUAGUUCUGACAAUGAUACCUGGAUAAAACAUUUAUUUGGUUCGUUACCAACUGAUUCUAUUGAUAGAUUUAUUAGAAAUUCAAUAUAUAAGGAUGAGCGUAGGAUGAAAUUAGAAGUUACCCAACAAGGUCUUGCACAUUUAACUGUACAUAAAUGUGGUAAAUGUAAGAGCUUCGUUGACUCUCAUUUCAUUUACAAACAUAUGGCAGGUUGUCGUACAAAUUCAGAAAAGUUUUUCUGUAAAUUUUGUAAUUUACCAUUUGUAAAUACAGAUUUUAGAAAAAAACAUGAAGUCAUUCAUAAUAAUUGUACUAUUGACCCCAAAUUGUACAGAAUAGUUACAUUUAAUCGAGAAGAAGACAAAUCACUAAAUAUUCAAAUAGCAAAUAUAAAGAAAUAUUACGUUCUCUAUCAAUGUAGAUCUUGUUACGUAGUUGUGGAUAAGAGAAUAUACAAAACACAUAAAUGCUAUAGCACCAGUGAAUUAAAAAAGUGUUGCAAAUGUGGCUUGUUAAUUCAUGAGUCUGAAUAUAAUUUGCAUAUAAGCAACCAUAAUAGAAGGGGUAGUUUUAAUAAAGACUAUAUGUAUGUUAAUAUGCUUGGUAGUGACAAUAAAAAUAAUAACGUAAGAAGUAACGUCGUGUCUUCAUUCAGUGGAAUGAUAAGUGAUUACACUUUUUUUAAAUGUGCAAAAUGCGAUAUUUGUGUGAGAGACCGCCGAAGUACUGUAGAACAUUUUUGUCUAAUUGAUGCUGGUAAAUCGGAAUGUCAUAAAUGUGGCUUGAUAUUUGAUCAGGGAAAACUUAAAGGUCAUUUGAAAUUACACGAGACUGAUCCGGAAUUCACUAAAGAUACUAUAAUGAUUAAGACUUUUGGAGAAGAAGAAGUAAAGAAUAAUAUAAAUUCUAUAAUAGUGAAUACUCUAGAUAAUAAUAAUUUAAGUUUUAAAGAAGCUAAGAGUAAUGAAGAUGUCGUAUCAUCUAUAUCUAAAUUGGACACUGUGAAGAUAUUUAAAUGCUUGUGUGGUCUUCACUUUUUGAAUAAAACAACGAUAAGAGAACACUCAAAAGGAUGCUCUGGUAAAAUAAAAAUGAAACAAAGUAAGCAAAAUUGCUUAAAAUGCGGACUGACAUUUAGUAACGAUAUUUUAUUUCAGCACUUGUUAGAACAUCACAAGGGGAAACACGUGUCGUAUGAAUAUGAUAUUAUUGAAACU